AUGGCUGGAAGCGAAACAGAAAGAGGAUGGAUGAAAAUUGGAUAUGGGGAUUCGACGGCCUAUAAACAACAACUCGAUCGAUGGGAAUCCAACCAACGUAUCUUAACUCAACAUCACGUGAAUUACGGUUUACCUUCAACGUUGGAAGAAUUGGAUGAGGAUCAACUUGAUAUAUUGAAAGAUAUAAUCUUGCAUUCUUCUUCUGCUUCAUCUUUCACUCAAGUCGAAAUCACCAACAAGAAACCUGUUAGUCCAAUAUUCCAAGAAGUGUUAUAUAUAGAUCUGUUCACUAAGGAAUGUCCAAUAACAACCAAGAAUUUCCGACAUCUACUUCUAGGCGAUAAAGGCCUCUCCAAGAUAUCUAGUAAACCAUUACAUUAUAAGAAUGUGAGGAUACAUCGAUUAAUCAAGGACUUUAUAAUACAGGGAGGAGAUAUAACUCGGAAUGAUGGUUCGGGGGGAGAAUCGAUAUACGGAUUGAAGUUUAAUGAUGAAAAACCGGGAUUGAAGAAAACCUUCCAGUAUGGGACGGUAGCUAUGGCUAGCGGUAGUUCGAAAAAUUCAAAUUCAAGUCAGUUCUUCAUAUGUCUCAUACCGAAUAUUCAAGAUGGAGAUAGUAAAGAAGAGAAAGAGAGGAAGAAGAAGCAGUUCGGAAAGCUGGAUGGGAAGUAUGUGGUUUUUGGACAAGUCAGCGAGGAAAGUUUGGAUUUGUUGAAGAAAUUGAAUGCGUUGAAGGUUAAUGGUGGAGGGGAUGAGUUAGAGGGGUGCUGGAUAGAUGAUUGUGGGAUUGUAUAA